UUCAGUUUCAUUUGAGACGUUGUCGCGGCCGCAAGUGUUGAUGAACACACACAGCUCAACCACAGUACACAACAACACGCAACGUGUGUGUCGCUGUUAAAUGAACUAAAACAACAACAACAACAGAGAAGUGAACAUUUAAACGGGUUAAUCAAUACAACAACAGCAGCUGGUAAAAUACAAAAACAAACAAAAAGACUGCACAAAGUGCAAGUGAUUAAAUUUUUGUUGUUAAAUUGUUGUCGUUGUUUCUUUCGCUGUUGUCGCUGCUGCUGCUGUUGCUGCUGCUCUCAGUGUUGCUUUGCAUAACCGUAACCGUCGAGUCGAGAUUCAUAAACAAUGCAAAGAAGUGCGCAAAAAGCAUAAAUAAAGUGCAAUCGUUUUUACAUUAUCAUUUCAAUUCAAUUUAUAUACACAGAUAUAUAUGAAAAAUAAUAUACGUAUAUGUACAUUUUUUAUAUACAUAUAUGAAUGAAUAUAUGAGAAGAAAAAAAAAAGUGCGGCCGCAAAAACAAGUUCGUUGCCUAAGUCAUUUGUUUGCCAGACAAACGUCUGGCCGUCUCUAAGCGUCUCUAAACCGUCUGAUUCGCGCUCCCAACAACCAACUAUCCACACUUUCAAAAACUUAAUUAUUUAUAAUACUCGCCAUUUAUUGCUAAUAUAUGCAAUAUAUACAAUAAAACACAAACGUUCAGUUUUUGCCAGGCCGCAAAGCCAGCCACGUCAACAAGAAGUCGCCAACAUAAGAAGCACAAACCAAAGUCACCGAGAUUCGAGUGGAGCAAGCGAGAAGGCACUAGAAGAGAAGAAAAGAGGAAGAAGAAGCAGAAGACGAGCACAAACAGAUUCCAUUUCAAUGAUACUCCGAACGAAUCUUUGGCUGCUCGCACAGUUGCUGUUGCUGGCAACGCUGCUGCAGCCACAAGUGGAGGCCAAGGAUGAGGAUUACAGUGGUGGAGAUGUGAGCGCAGGUGGCGGAGGCGGAGACGGAGGCGAUGACAUCUACGAUCCUGUGCAACAGGAGGCGGCAGUCGAAGACGAGGAGCAACGCAACAGCCUCGAGGCUGAGGACAACUCGCUGCAGUCCAAUCAAACGGACAAUGCGCUGCCCGAUGCAACCACCGAGAAGCCACUUGCACCACUUGCACCACUUGCCACCGAGGCGCCAGCAUCCACAGAGCGAGAUGAGAACACUGCCGCCGAGGUUAUGGACGAUGCGCCCACACAGAAGCAGGAAACCAAAGUGCAAAAGAAGCCUGGGAAGCAAUCGCAAGAAUACUACUACGAUGAGGAGCAGCCACAAGAGGAACAACCCGUGGCAACCACAACCACAGUGCCCGAGUAUGUGCGCAAGGCCAAGGCGGAAAGGUAUCCCCAGGACUAUAUGCAGGACGUCCAGGCGGAACAGCCAGUGGAGCAGCAAACGCAGCCCGUGCAGCACGAGGAAGAAGAAGAAAUCAUGUAUCACGAUGAACCUCAACAGCCGCAGGCGCACAUGCAACAGCUGCCAACGGCCAACAAAGCGAAGUCCUUCAAGCCCAGCUCCGAUGAAUACUACUAUGAUGAGCAGCAGCUGGAUCAAGUGGCGGCCACAACACCGAGAAUCAGCACAACAGAAUCGCCUCCGAUGCCCGUGUUGCAGUCGAGAUUUGGCGGGUUCAUUGGUUGGCCCACUUUGACACCCAAUUAUGCGCCACUUCCCACCGUUGUUGCACCUGCCGCCCCAACAACAACAACUUCAACUACAACGACAAGCACAACAUCUACGACAACAACCACAACAACAACGCCGGCGCCUCGCAAGCAAUCGAAGCAUAUUCACCUGGCCAAGCCGGAACUGUUGCCAGCGGAUCAGUUGCGCAACUACAUCAAAGAUGUGUACAUUCGCAUGCCGCUCGCCGUCAUUGUGGAUCCCUCGGCUGCGUCGCUGGAACAGGCCAAGCGACUGUACAUCGAUGCGUUGCAGGACAAAAAUAUCAACAUCAAAAUUGUGCUGGUCACACUGAAUGCAUCGGGCAUGCCAUCAGCUUUCAGCUUUAAUAACACACGCGAAUUUAUUGCGGGCUUGAACAGCACCAAGGAACACGAGGGCGGCAAUGCGUUUGUGGGCGUGCUGCAGGCCGCCGAACUUGUGCCCUACGACAGUGCCAUAUUCCUAUCGACAGCUGUGAUACCGCCACACACCGAAAUGGUGCAGGACACAGCCAUCACGUUGCUCAAGAAACGCAUACGCUUGUUUAUGCUGUGGUAUGGCGAACGCUGCGCUAGCGAGAACGAAACCGAGGAGGCUGUGGGCGGCAUAUUGGGCGAGGUGGCCAUUCGCUCAGGCGGCGAAAUCAUACACAUUGUGAGCACCGAACAUGGACAGCACAUAGCGGGCAAUACGUUAACACUCGUGUCGGAUGAGUAUCAGGGCUCCCAGGAGUUGGACCUGCCCGUGGAUACUACGCUAUCCAGUUUGCAUGUGCGCAUCGAUGCCGACAUGCGACGUGCAACACUGGCAACGCCCAAUGGCGAUAUCAAUUUAAAGAAACUAGUGAAAUUCAAGUCCACAAAUGAUACACGAAAUGGCAAUAACAAUAAUACAAAUGAACUGGAUGCCUACGUACCGCUCAAUAAGCUGCGCAAAGCGGCAAUAAUCAAGCUGCAACUGACGCCCGAAUUGAGCAAUAACAAAUACAAUGUUUUUGUGCGCGCCGAACGUAAAGCUGAUGUUUUUCUGGGUGAUAUCAUUAAGCGCAUCGAUAGCUAUUACUCCCAAAGCGAGAGCCAUGCCAAAUGGUCUUCCCAGGCACGCAUGGCCAAAUUAAAGUUUCCCGAGACUCGCGAGAAACUGGAGAAUGAAAUUGAUGUUGCACCCAAAAGUGAAGUGGAAACAUUUUCGGAAACGGAACUCGUUACGAGUCUCAAUCAGACACAAUUUGCGGCAGCUACGGGCGAACCACAGCGCGCCAGCUUGAGUGCAAUGUUGUUGCAACGUUGUGGCACCAAAAUCGAAUUGAAUACCCAAUCACAGCUACUGGUGACAGCGGGACAAAUGGCGACGCUGCUUUAUGAGGUGACAAACAUGCGCAGCGAACGCGUCUAUCAAACGGUGCAGGUAACCGACGAGCGACGUUUUCUAGUGCAGCUCAGUCCAACGAGCUUCAAUUUGGGCGCUGGCGCAACUGCCACCGUGCGUCUCCAAGUGCUGGUGCCCACGGGAACUGCGGCGGGCACCACGGAUCGCAUCACGUUCACCAGCUAUGGCCGUGAAACGGCAACCAUGGCGGUUAGUCUGAAGGUCAUCAGCAGUAUUGAUGCGCAGGAUUCAACUGGACCAUCGCUGUCCUGGGAGUUUGGCAAUCGUUGCGACUAUGUGACCAAUGACGCCCAAAGCUGUGGUGAUCGUUUCUGGACUCUGGACAUCACGGCACAAGAUUGGCAAUCGGGCAUAUUGCGCUUGCAGACAACGCCAGCGGAUGGUUUAUUCUAUCGGAAUUAUUAUACCGCCGGCACCACAGAGCCACUAAAAGCCACCUAUAUGGCAUCGUGUUGUGAACCCAAAGUUGCCAUCACCGCUUUUGAUGCGGCAGGAAAUCAACGUAGCAUUAAUAUCGAUGUGAGAGAUAUUGUUUUGACCGAAGCGGCGAUAGCAGCAAUUUGUCUAGGUUGCAUUUUAUUGCUGCUGCUGAUUGUCUUGCUGGUGUGGAGCAUUAUUUGGUGUUGCAAGCGUCGCAAGGUAUCGCUUGAGCUGCCUACAUAUCGUUCGCAUUCCACACGCAGCAUGGAAUAGUUUAAUUUUAUGAAUUUUGCCAAGAACUAACAAAAACAAACUUUCAAAUUUUUAAAUUUGAACAAUAAAAAUACCAAAACAACAAGUAGCAACAGGUGAACAUAAAAAUGUAAAAAAUACCAUCAAGUAUCAACAGAAAAAUACCAGAAAGUAGUUAACAGCUUAUCAGCAGUAGAGAUGCAACAAGUGACCAAUGUACUUGCAGAUGGUCACUCCACAUUUCUCUCGCUCUCUCUGUCACUCUUGCACACUAUUUACUCUCUGUUGUUGAGUGUCUCGUUUGCUCUUUCUCCCUGUCUCUCUGCUGACUUGACACACUUACCGCGAUUGAGAAUGCCAGCGAUGAGAGCGUUUGUGGGUUGCGGGGGCGGUGCAUGCACCACUGGCGGCGCUGCUGGCAGCAGGAGCGGCUUAUUGGGAAAGUCGUCAAAACUGAGACCCGUCACGGAUGCGCUUAGCAAUGGAUUUUUAACAACACGACCUGCUGCAUUGUUGUUGACGCGCGACGACGACGACAACAACGACGACACGUCACCUUUGGAACGUUCAGACAUGUUUACAAAACGCGAUAUCACUGUGUUACCUUCACACAAGCCGCGUUUGUUGCGCAAUGCUUAUGUGCUAAACAGUACAAACGCUGAAUCGAGCUCACAGAUGGAAGCAAAUGCUUUAGAAAAUAAAAAGACAGUUAAAAUUUACUUGCAACGCGCACAGUAAGCUCUACCAGGGCUCCAUUGAGAGCACAGCAGCCGCCAGGGAGGAAUAACAAUCAUUGUUGGGCACACACGUGAAUGGCAAAAAUACCAGAAUGGUUUAUUCAAAGAACAGCUUUCAAUAUACUUAAUAAUAAUAUGAAAAUUUAAUAAAAUUAAAUAUAUAUUACAUAUA